AUGGCGAUGGCGGCGGCGGAGGCGGCGGCGGCGACGGUGCCGCUCGGCGUGCUGCUGCGGCGGGAGGUGACGAGCGAGCGCAUGGAGCGGCCCGACGUGCUCUGCGGGGAGGCCGCCCGCAGCCGCAAGGGCGAGGACUUCACGCUGCUCCUCGCCGAGGCCGCGCACCGCGUCGCCGGCGACCCAUCCACCUCCUUCUCCGUCUUCGCGCUGUUCGAUGGGCACAACGGGUCUGGAGCGGCCAUAUACGCAAAGAAGAAUCUGCUCAACAAUGUCCUGCGCGCUACUCCUUCCGGCCUCACCAGGGACGAGUGGCUUGCGGUGCUUCCACGCUCGCUUGUCGCGGCGUUUGUCAAGACGGAUAAAGAUCUGCAAGCUGUAGCUGAAACUUCUGGUACAACUGUGACAUUUGUGAUAAUAGACGAGUGGGUUGUAACUGUGGCAUCGGUUGGCGAUUCACGCUGCAUACUAGAGUCCGCUGACGGUUCGCUUUACCAUUUGUCAGCCGAUCACCGCUUUGACUCCAACAGAGAUGAGGUAGAACGUGUCACUGCAUGUGGAAGCAAGGUUGGGCAACUGAAUGUUGUUGGUGGUCCAGAGGUUGGUCCUUUAAGAUGCUGGCCAGGUGGCUUGUGCCUGUCUAGAUCAAUCGGGGACAUAGAUGUUGGUGAAUGUAUCAUUCCUGUUCCUCAUGUGAAGCAAGUGAAGCUAUCUAAUGCUGGAGGCAGAAUUAUUAUUGCAAGUGAUGGCGUUUGGGAUGAUCUGAGUUUUGAAAUGGCUCUUGAAUGUUCUCGUGGAUACCCAUCUGAUAUAGCUGCCAAUCGAAUUGUUAAUGAGGCAGUCCUACCUCGAGGACUAAGAGAUGAUACUACCUGCAUCGUGGUUGACAUACUACCUCCAGAAAAACUAGCUCCUAGUCCUCCAACAAAGUGGCAGGGGAAGAUUGUAAAUAAAAUGUUCUGUAGAAAACAUCCAGAUAUGUCUUUUAAAACAGAUACAGAAUACGCUGAGCCAGAUGUGGUGGAAGAACUGUUUGAGGAUGGAUCGGCUAUGCUCUCGAAAAGGCUUACUACAGGAUACGCACUUCAGCGCAUGUUUGAACCCUCCAGCUGUGCAGUUUGCCAGUUAAGACUGGCAUAUGGUCAGGGGAUUUCCAUACAUGCUAACCCACUGCAGCACGAAAAAAUGCAAGGUUGGCAAGGUCCUUUCCUCUGCCGAAGCUGUCAUGAAAAGAAGGAAGCAAUGGAGGGUAAACGACGUCCAAUAGAUUCAUCGACAGCAGAUGCCUUCAGUCACGUGGGAGGGGCCUAAUUGCUGAAACCAUUCUUUGAUAAAUAUUCAUUUUUUCGUUACCAGGAUCGCUAGUCAAUUGACCACACCAUUCUUUUUUAUAUAAAUUGACCAUUCUAGUCAAGCAAUAGAAAGUAUUCUUGACAAGUAGGCGGGAGAUUCAUUGAUCAGUUGGACCGACAGAGAUAAAUGCAUGUCGUUCAAAUGAGAAAAGCAUAGUCAUUAGAAUAGCUUGAUUGUAUAGGGGGUCUAAAGGAUCACUAAUAUUCUUUUGUAGAUGAGUUCAGUGACGUCGGUUGAGAAGAGGAAAAUGCUUGGCGAUUGUU